UUGUUUGCUUUCGCGGCUUGCGCCUAAAAAAUGUUUCGUUCAAAUAUUAAAUACAAAAUAUUGUGUUAUUAUUUUACAAUUGGAAUUGUAAAUAAAUUUUACAUAUAAAAUGAUAGUAACGAAGUUUAAUUGUUAACAAUUUAUAGUAAUACAUUUCAUAGUAACAGUAUAAUUAGAGAAAUUAAAAUUUAAUUCUGAUAUUGUUAAAUCGCUUUGUUAGUAUGUAUAUACAAAGUUUUGUCCUUUAAAAAGAAAUGAAAGCAUCUCUCUAUAAAUAUGACAGAUUUUGUUGAAGGAUGGAGUUUAGGAGACAUAUUAGGAGAGGGUGCUUAUGGAGAGCUUCUGGUUCCUGACUUUCUCUUAUGCUGGAGACCAUCAUCUUCACGUUUGAGAGCCCAGUAGUAGUCAGCUUACAUAUUAACAUUCCAUCUGCCUUGAUACCUUCUUUCCAUCUCUUGGAUGUCUUGGUGGAAUCUUUCUCCUUGCUCCUCACUUAAGGCUCCAAGAUUCUCAGGAAAAGAAUCUAAAUGAGAAUUCAGGAAGUGUACUUUUAAACUCAUGUUACAACCCAAUUCUUUGAAACUGAGUUCGCCUAGUUGUCAAUAAAUCAAGUGGAGAUGCUGUAGCUAUGAAAAUGGUUAAUAUUGGCAAACAUCCAGAUGCACGAGAAACUGUAAAAAAGGAAACAACGAUUCAUCGGAUGUUAUCUAAUCCAUACAUUAUUCAAUACUUUGGGCAACGCAGUGAAGCCAACAUAGAGUAUAUAUUUUUAGAAUAUGCAUCGGGUGGAGAACUUUUUGAUCGCAUAGAGCCAGAUGUAGGAAUGCCAACACCUGAAGCUCGAAAAUAUUUUAGGCAAUUGAUUUUAGCCGUUGAAUAUCUUCACAGUAGAGGCGUUGCACACAGAGAUCUGAAACCAGAAAAUUUAUUAUUAGAUGCUUUUGAUAAUUUGAAAGUAUCAGAUUUUGGCAUGGCAACUGUGUAUCGAUUACAAGGCAAAGAACGUUGUUUACAUAAAAAAUGUGGUACUUUACCUUACGUUGCUCCUGAAGUACUCGAACGUCCCUAUCACGCAGAACCAGCUGAUAUUUGGUCUUGUGGUAUUAUCUUAGUUGCCUUAUUAGCUGGAGAAUUACCAUGGGAUCAAGCCUCUAUAAUAUGCCCUGAAUAUGCUGCAUGGAGAAUUGGACACAUUAAGUGUUUGACACCAUGGAAAAAAUUUCAGGAUUCAGAUUUACUAUUUGUUCAAAUGAUACUGAAGCACAUUCCAUCAGAAAGAUUAUCAAUUAAUGAUGUCAAACGAAAUCCUUGGUUUAGUUUUGAAUUUAAUCCAGAAAACAAUAAAUAUUCGGAUCAAUUAAGGAAUGAUAAUAAGUUGUACAAAAUGCAGAAACAGACAUUAUGUUAUUCUCAACCUGAACUUCCGCCAGUAGGAAUUAAUAAUCUAACAUGUAUGAAAUUGAAUGAGCGAACGGGUUUAUCAUUUUCACAACCUAUAUACGUAGAAGAUUUAUUAGUUUCCAGUCAACUCCAACCGAUCAAUACUCAAGCUAGUCAGGGUUCUUUUCAAAAUUUAGUUCGACGAAUGACACGAUUUUUCGUGACAACAAAUUGUCAAAAAACUGUAAAAAUAAUAACAGAAUGUUUAGUAAGAGAAAACUACAAUUAUCGGAUUAAUGAUAUUGGAACGAUAACCAUCACUGGUAUAGAUAAAAGGAAAAUGCCACUAGUAUUUAAAAUUAAUAUCUUUGAUAUGGAUAACAAAACACUAGUAGAUUUUCGACUUUCAAAAGGAUGCGGAAUCGAGUUCAAAAAAGAAUUCAUAAAGGUUAAAGUUUUAGUUGAUGAUGUAAUUUUAAAAAUAAAAAAUAAAUAAUGUAAUUAUUAUGAAAAAAAAUUAUGAUAUAUAAAAAUCCAGUAUGAAAUAUAUUCAUAAUUUAU